AUGGAAAUUGGUUUGGAACUCCAAAGUAUUCGUUUUCAUCGUCCUGGGUGCUAUCGCCUAGCUGUUGUUUGUCGAGUCGGCGAGAGACGCUUGGUGUAUGUAAGCGAACCUUCAGAGAUAUGUGCAGCGCCAAAAUGGAAGACAACAGCGUGGCGCUUGCAAGUCCAAAAAGAUGACGUCGAAUUGCAGUUGCAAUUGCGUUUUUAUGACGGCAACUCUUCCGAUUGCAGAUCCCUUUUGGAAGAAGCGCCAUUGUCGUGUUGCAGCUUUGGUUUGCUGUUGCAAAGGCUACGAUCCAUUCUGUCAUCAUCACAAGUUUGCUCAGCUCCCCUUUUUUCACAAGGAAAAUCUUCAAGUAAAGAUAUUUGGGAGGAAAUCGGAGUAGUGACGAUCUCAUUCGGCUGGCCAACAUCUUCACAUACUGAGUUGGUGGUGCCUGAAAGACUCAAGGUUUCAUCAGAGAAUCGAAACCUCGCACCUGCGACCCAACUGGAGAAACUGCAAAAUAUGAAUCAGGCCUCACGCCAAUCACUGCAUUUGGUCGCGACCAGACUUUCUGCUAUGCAACAAGUCCUAAAUGCUUUAACUGCACAUCAAGCAGAUCUCUUGAAGGAACAAGAUGAACAACUUUCAGUCAUGAAGCGAUUGGAAUUGACCUUGAAAGAGAUGAAAGAGCCUUACUUGACCGACCUGGACAUUGAGCUGAUGCUGUCUAUGCCACACGGUGCAAGGAAGAUGGCCAAUAUUCUUUUAGCAGCUGAACAGCGAUGGAAGAACGCCAGGGAGGAUGUCAUUGGAAGAUGGGCUGAGUUUACUUCGCUGCGCCAGAAGCUUGCUGAAGUGCAGCAUCUCCAGCAGCAGUUCAAUGACUUUCAGAAGGUCCACAAGGAGCAACAGAAAGUUCUCUCAGAGGCUUCCCGGCGUGCUUUGACCGCCCGCGACGCAGCAGCGACCUGUGCUUCUCAGGCCAAAUUGAUGGAAGAGCUCAAGGUCCGUUCAGCCGAGUGUGCCGUGGGUCUGCCAGCAGAGUUGAAACUGAUUCACGGCCGGGAACAACAGAUGCAUGCUGUCCUUCAAGAAAAGUCCCAUCAGCUGGGCAUUUUGGUUGGGCGCGGUAGGCCUGAAGAUUCCAAGGCAGACUGGGCCAAGGAACAUCAAGCUGCGCACUUGGCAUCUGAGCUCUACCAAAGGACGCGACAGGUGAUGCAGUUGCUGAAGCAAAUUAAGCUUCUCCAGCGGCCUAGGCGAGCAAAGGGAGCUCCGCAAGCACCUGGAGUCCUACAAAAACCUGCUCGAGCUCUGCCAACCCCAAGCGGUCCAAGCACAUUUGCUGAGAGGAUGCAAGUGGAAGACAUAGGUGACGGUGACGUCCAAGAGGAUGAAACUGGCCCAGACUUGCUGGAUGAGGCUGUCCAGGCGAUGAUUGCUGCACAACUCCGAUGUGAGGACUUAGAAAGAAGAAAUGCCAGUGUCGAAGAGGAAUUGCUGCGGAGGCAAGUGGGAAGCUGGGGACAAGAGCUUGGAAGUUUGAAAGCUGAGCUUCAAAGAAAGACAGCCUUGCUUAGACAAUGCGCCAUUGAAUCCAACCAGAAUGGCGGAAAUUCUAAGGUCCUCAUCAUCACGGCCACGCAGAAGGAUCAGACUCCCCAUCAGUAUUUCGAAGAGCGCACCACCAGUGCCCUGGUGAAUCUGAUAUCACACACCGGCAGUGACAGGCAUGUCCAGAGCCCGAAUUUGUCCGAGUUGGAGGGACACGUGCAGAUCCUGCAGAAGAUCGAAGAGGAUGUCAGUGCUGUCAGGAGCCAAUUGCAAGAUAUGAUUUCUACUUCAACGAGAACGGAAAGCCAUGACAAAAAUGAAACCCAUGACAUGUUGCGAAGAACGAUGACGACUGUGAGUGGGACCAGUGGUUGGCUGGGAGACUAUUGUCGCACCUAUCCACAUGACACAGUGGCUCAGCAGGCAUUUGCAAGUCAGGGCUCUGAGAGAGGAAGCCUCAACGCCCGGGGUCGAUCCUCCUCGGUGAUGUUCCGCGGCGUCUCGCUGGCGUUCGACGAGGAAAAAUGGAAAACCGUGACCUGGGAGAGGCCUUCAAUGUCAUCUUGUUGCGCGUUGCCCAUUCUCCAUCCAGAGGGUCCUAUUCGGCUCGUAUGGCUGGCGCCAGCAUUUGUAUUUGUGCUCACAGAGGCGUUCCUUGUGCCUUUCAUGCUGGCUUUCCAUGUUGAGCCCGAUGAUGAGCCAUUUCUAGGAUUGGCUUUUCGCAUCAUAGAUGUGUAUUUCUUGAUGGACAUUGUGGUAACCUUCCUGACAGGUUAUCGAGAUAAACGUGGCAACCUUGCGGUAAAUCCAAGAAAAAUAGUGAAGAAAUACCUCGCAGGCUGGUUCCUUUUGGACGCUGUGGCGGCAAUUCCAUGGACUUGGAUCGGCGACAGCACAGUGGCGCAGGUGACGCGCGGCUUGAAGGUCGUUCGGCUAAUACGCUUGGCGCGGCUUCUGCGACUGGCAAAGCUUCGGCAGAUCACCGAGGCGGCGGAAACCUUCAUGGAAGGCAAAUAUGCUGCGGAGCUUGCUAUGGGCUUCGGAAAGGUUCUCAUGUUGCUCUUCGCGGUGUCCCACUGGUGUGCUUGUUUUUGGCAUGCCGUGGGUUCUGAGGAGGGUGGCUGGGUUGCAGCCGCAGAAUCUUCGAAGGACUACCGGGGCACGGAUCUCCUCUUUGCAAAGUACACUUGGUCAUUGUACUUCACUUUGACCACUCUGACGACCGUGGGUUAUGGCGACAUCACACCUGUGACCACCGAAGAGUGUCGAUGGGUGUUGCUCCUUCUUCUCACCUCGGCAGUCAUAUUUUCUGGUCUUUUGGGCAUGCUUAGUGAUCUCGUGGCCAGCGUGAACAAGGAACAUCGCCUCAUUGCAGCAAAGAAAAGGCAGCUUGCUAGGUACAUGGCAUGGCGAGCUGUUCCGCGCAACUUACUUGGCAAGGUGCGGAGGUACUUUUUGUUCAAAUGGGGUGCACAGAAGGACUAUGACUUGUACGAAGAGGAGCUUAAGCGUUCAUUGACGCCAACUUUGCGCUCUGAUCUUUGCUACCACAUUUACAAGGAUGUUUUGACUGCAUCUCCCUUCCUGGCAUGGAUGAGAGGGCACACAGCCUGUAUCAAGCACCUGGCUACAAGUUGUCGAUCUGGGUUCCAUGACAACGGCGACUUUCUCUUUAGAACCGGCGAGGAGAUGAAGGACAUCAUCAUUUUGCUGGCUGGCACCACUGUGCUGUACAGGAAUGAUACAGAUGCAGAGGACCAAGAAGACUUUCUGGAGCAGGACAACCUAUUCCCAUGGAUGGAGCUUGAGGGGCAUCAAGCGAUGCAAAAGAAGCUUCUCUUGAGGCAAAUGAUGACCUCAGUGAUUCGCAACAUGAAAACAAGGAAGGGGAAGGCGAGAUCUAUUGGUCUCUCCUCUCGAUCCAAUGAUAUGGAGGGCCAUUUCUAUGGGCAGUGCAAGAACGAGAAUUUGGUCCGAGGCCUCUCAGAACUCAAGAAAUUUGAUGCAGUUCAGAAAUCUGCAGCGAUGCUGAUUCAGUUGGUGUGGAGAGAACGAAUAAGACGUCGUGGAGGUGGUGCAGAUGUACAGAAGAAAUCUCAGGGCCAUACCUGCUAUGCAGUAGACGCACCGGCCUACUUUGGAGAAUCAUCCCUUUGGACACCGUACUCCACUUGGACCACCCGGGCUGCGAUUCAUGAAUACACCAUUCGAGUGAAGUCGCAGGUGGAGGUGGUCAACAUUCCUCGCCUGGCCAUCGCGGUGUGCAUCGAGAAGUUUUCACCUUGGCUCAGGAAUCGCUUUGAGGUCUUUCAGGCUGCCGUGCUCCAUGACAGAGACUUUCUUGCGGAUAAAGAGUCACAGGUGUCCACAAAGCCCAGUGACGUUCCUCUCCUUUCAGUCGUUCCAGAGCAUCUCGAGCUUCAGGAGGACGAAAAGGACGAGAUCAAGAACAGCAGCAGCACCUCGUUGAGAUUGUGAUGGGCAUUGCUGAUCGACUUCCUGAGGUUUUGCAAUUUGCCGCCAAAAAUUGGCGAGUGCCAAUCAAGUACCAUGAUGACGCUGGUUGUCACAAAGGAAUUCAGAGGUUUCGCUGAGAUUUGGCUGCGCAUGUUACAAUACAUGCAUUUUGCAAGUUUCUACUCCAGUGAUUUCAAAGAAGCCACUUGAACAUAUCCAAGACUGGCAAACUGCCCAAUUGGCACUGCCGAAACCUUUUUUGUGCGGAGAUUCAGC